UUCUCUUCAUCAGCCGCACGGGGAGUCCCUCUGUGCUUAUGCGUUAUAGUUCGCUCUACCGUUAGGCGGGCGUAGAUCUCUGGAGGAACGUCGCGUGGGGACGGAUGAAGCGGUAAGCUUGCAUCGUUGGGUAUUCCCGCCGUGAGAACCCGCAGCGUUGCAAUUCGUGAGGUUGUCGCCAUCGCAGUACGACACGUCCGUCACCGCGGCAACCCAGCGCUCACCGCUCGGUGGAAAAUCCGUAGAUCGGCCUCUCGUUGAAAAGCGCGUUUAUACAACCCCCGCGUGACCCAUAGCAGCAGCAACAGCCGGACCUGCAGAGACACGAGUGUUGUGCAAGAUUGCUUCACUCGGGGCAGGAGGGUUCGGUUGACGAUGACAGAAUAACGUGAAUGUUCGCCCACCCUGAUGCGCGCAGGAACGCACAUCUCUGAAUAGCGUAGCGAGUCCGUGAAGUCGAACUGCCGAAUGUCACGCUAAGCGUUCGCUACACCUGUGACCGGACGUUCACCUGCGAGAGAGAUGCUCUCGCACGUGCCCAGCCUCCGUUACGGAUGCCUUUGGAUUACAUUACUAUUCAUCUCCGGUGCAAGCUGCUACCCUCCUGGACCGAUCCAAGCUCGCUUGGCCACGCGGGGUUCCCGCGUGGGGGCGCUACAGUUUCGUCAGGGAAUCGUAAAGGAAAAGUACGACAAUCAGGAGAAAAGGAGAAUUUCCAAUAUUAUGGGCGAGAUCGAGGCUAUACUAGACGACAAGCAUGGUCUACGGAGCAGCAAUGACUCGAACGAUGUAGAAUUUGACGGCGUGUUAGAAGGCGAUCUGGUGAUCAACGAGAGACAGGCGAAGUGGAUGUUACAAGCAUUCAACACUAGACAGAAGCGGAAACUGAUCGACAACGAAGAGCUUAGGUGGAAUAUCAGCACACCGAUACCCUACCUAUUCAACCCGGAAGAUUUCAAUGAGAAUGAGAAGGGAAUCAUCAGAUGGGCUAUCAACCACUGGGAGCAAGAGACGUGUAUCCGCUUCAAAGACAUGGGACCUGUGGUCUACUACACCGAUUACAUUCUCUUCUACAAGGGAAAAGGCUGCAGCUCAGAGGUCGGUAGGAAUGGACAGACACAAAUCUCCUUAAACGUCAUCUGCAUAUCCAAGCAGAUCGUGGCUCAUGAGAUCGGACACUCGCUGGGGUUCUGGCAUGAGCAGGCUCGCCAAGACCGCGAUGAUUACUUGGAUGUGCUGUGGGAGAACAUCCAGCCUGGCAAGACGUAUAACUUUCUCACUCAUCAGACGAUCACCAACGACGUCCCCUAUGAUAUGUCCAGCCUCAUGCACUACCUAGGAACGGAUUUCAGCAAAACCUACCCGGAUAUGUUGACUCUGAAAUCGCGCGACGGGUUUCUACAACAAGUGAUGGGAGGAGCCGAAAAGUUGUCAUUCUACGACGCAAAAACGGCAAAUAUCGAAUACUGCAAAGACUCCUGUCGCAACACGAAGCUCCGAAGGCCAUGCGAGCAUGAUAGCUAUCAGGAUCCUAACGACUGCUACAGCUGCAAAUGUCCAGAAGGAUUUGGAGGGACUUAUUGCAAUACAGCCGCGUUCAGCGUCGGCGGAGCAGACUUUGCGGCGGAUGAUCGUCAUCACAUGCAGUGGAGAUGAGGGGUGACAGGUCACUGUCGAUAUCCAGCAGGUCGCUUCCGCUCAGCAUGAGCUGGCUC